GUUGUUUUAUUUUGAAGAGCACAAAGCACACCGGCUGUUAAAUUGCGGGGACUUUGACUGAGCGUAAACAUGGCGACCCUCGCUGAUGUCGGAUGGAAACUCCUGGAAUUUAAAGCUCGAUCAAAGAGAUCAGGUUCCAUCUAUGAACCUAUGAAGCUCUCCAGUCUCCAGCGGGACGAUGAGCCGCUAUGGGAGAAACUGGAUCGUUACUACAAUGCAGUCAAAGCAACCAUCCUGAACUACCAGAGUCCCACUACUGGUCUUUUCCCUGUAAAGACUUUCUCCGACAUCAAGGAGGCAAAGGUCCGAGACUCGCUGUAUUGUGCUGCCUGCGCCUGGGCCCUGGCGAUGGCAUACCGACGCAUUGAUGAUGAUAUGGGACGCACACAUGAGUUGGAGCAUUCUGCCAUCAAGUGCAUGAGAGGGAUCCUCUACUGUUACAUGAGGCAGGCGGAUAAGGUGGAGGAGUUUAAAAAGGACCCCAGUCCCUCCAAGUGUCUUCACUCUGUGUUCAAUGUGGACACCGGGGACGAGAUUAUCUCCUACAACGACUAUCACCACCUGCAGAUCGAUGCGGUUUCUCUGUUCCUGCUCUACCUGGUGGAGAUGAUCUGCUCCGGUCUUCAGAUCAUUUACAACACCGACGAGGUUUCCUUUAUCCAGAAUCUGGUGUUCUGUGUAGAGAGAGCCUACAGGGUGCCGGACUACGGCAUGUGGGAGCGAGGCAGCAAAUACAAUAACGGCAGCACCGAGCUGCAUUCAAGCUCGGUGGGCCUUGCUAAAGCUGCUCUGGAGGCCAUCAAUGGCUUCAACCUGUUUGGAAACCAGGGCUGCUCAUGGUCUGUGAUAUUUGUGGAUCUGGACGCCCACAACAGGAACAGACAAACGCUGUCCUCUCUGCUGCCCAGAGAGUCUCGCUCACAUAACACAGACGCUGCCUUGCUUCCCACCAUCAGUUACCCGGCUUUUGCCGUCGACGACGACGCCCUCUACAGCCAAACGCUGGACAAGAUCGUCCGGAAGCUCCGCGGCAAAUAUGGCUUCAAGCGUUUCCUUCGUGAUGGCUACCGCACGGCUAAUGAGGACAAGAACCGCCGCUACUACAAACCGGCGGAAAUGAAGCUCUUUGAUGGAAUUGAAUGCGAGUUUCCCAUGUUUUUCAUCUACAUGAUGAUUGACGGUGUGUUCAGAGGAAACAAGGAGCAGGUGAAAGAAUACCAGGAUCUCCUUGAACCAAUCAUCUUCCAGUCUUUUGAGGGACACGCCGUCAUCCCUAAAUACUACUAUGUACCGGCUGACUUUGUGGAGGCGGAGCAGAACAAACAUGGCAGCCAGAAGCGUUUCCCUAGCAACUCUGGUCGGGAUGGGAAGAUGUUUCUGUGGGGUCAGGCCCUGUACAACAUAGCUAAGCUGCUCGUGGACGAGCUGAUCAGCCCUAAAGACAUCGACCCGAUCCACCGAUACGUCCCUCGGCAGGAUCAGCGCAACGUCAGCAUGCGCUACUCCAACCAGGGUCCCAUAGACAAUGACGCUGUGAUUCAUGUAGCCCUGGUAGCGGAGAGCCAGAGGCUUCAGGUGUUUUUGAACACAUAUGGAAUUCAGACCCAAACACCUCAGCAAGUUGAGCCAAUCCAGAUUUGGCCCCAGAAGGAACUUGUCAAGGCAUACCGGUUUCUAGCCGUCAACAAGAAGCUGGGUUUGAGUGGGCGUCCAGAUAGGCCAGUGGGCUGCAUCGGGACCUGCAAGAUUUAUCGUAUCCUGGGAAAGACGGUGGUGUGCUACCCAAUAGUGUUUGAUCUAAGUGACUUCUACUUGUCUCAGGAUGUAAUGCUUCUAAUUGAUGACAUUAAGAAUGCCCUGCAGUUCAUCAAGCAGUGCUGGAAGAUGCAAGGACGUCCACUCUUCCUGGUUCUCAUCCGCGAGGAUAACAUCAAAGGGAGCCGCUUCAAUCCUGUUUUGGACAUGCUGGCCUCUUUCAAGAAGGGAGUCAUCGGAGGGGUCAAAGUUCACGUCGACAGACUUCAGACCCUGAUAUCAGGAGCAUUUGUGGAGCAGCUGGAUUUCCUUCGCGUCAAUGAGGCAGAGAUUCCAGAGUUUAAGAGCUUUGAGGAGCUGGAGCUGCCGAAGCACUCAAAGGUGAAGAGGCAGACGAGCACGCCCAACGCCUCGGACCUGGAGCAGCAGCCGGAGAUCAGUGUGGAGGAGUGGCAGAACAAACCCACAUAUGAGAUCCUGCAGAAGUUUCAUGACUCUGGCUGCUUGGCCAGUCAGGCCCAACUUGCCAGCAUCCUUCUUAGAAGAGAAGGACCAGACUUCCUGGCUAAAGACGAGAACCUGAUGGAGGAACUGGAGAGAAUCUACAGACGAGCUGGAAGCAGAAAGCUUUGGCUGGCAGUGCGGCAUGCUGCUGCUAUUACCAAGAAGUUUGCCAGCUCUAUAGCUCCUCACAUCACCACAAUUCUGGUGAAUGGGAAACAGGUGACCCUGGGCCUGUUUGGGCACGAGGAGGAGGUGAUCUCCAACCCGCUGUCUCCAGGAGUUAUCCAGGGCAUCAUUUACAGCAAGUGCUGCCCCCAUGGUGGGGAGAGGGAAGCUGUCCUCCAGCAGGAACUGGUCAUCCACAUCGGAUGGAUUAUCUCCAACAACCCUGAGCUGUUCAGCGGCAUGCUGAAAAUCAGAGUCGGGUGGAUUGUCCAGGCCAUGAAACAUGAGCUGAAGAUCCGAGCUGGAGACAUGCCUCCUCAGGACAUCUACCAGCUGUCUCCUGGUGACAUCAAGCAGCUCCUGCUGGACGUCCUGCAGCCGCAGCACACUGGCAGGUCCUGGCUAAACAGGCGGCAGAUCGACGGCAGUCUGAACAGAACCCCUCUGGGCUUCUAUGACCGCGUGUGGCAGAUCCUGGAAAGGACCCCUAAUGGCAUCAUGGUGGCUGGAAAUCACCUCCCACAGCAACCAACACUGUCUGACAUGACGAUGUAUGAGAUGAACUUCUCCCUGCUGGUGGAGGACACUCUGAAGAACAUUGUUCUGCCUGAGUACAGACAGAUCAUUGUGGAGCUGCUGAUGGUGGUGGCAGUAGUUCUGGAGAGAAACCCGGAACUGGAGUUCGGUGAAAAGGUGGAUCUGGAUAGUCUGGUGAAGGAGGCGUUUAAUGACUUUCAGAAAGAUCGGAGCCGCUUUGAGGGAAUGGAGAAACAGGAUGACAUGGAGGUGUUCUACAACACACCGCCGCUAGGAAAGAGAGGAACCUCCAGCUACCUGACCAAGGCAGUAAUGAUUCAGCUGCUGCAAGGAGACAUGAAGCCCUGCAAGGAUGAUCCGUGCACCGUUAGUUAGACUUCUGACAUCAUUAUCAGCAGUUAGCUUCACAGUCACCAAAUGUUUUUUCUUUUUUUUUUAGGCUUACCUAGAUUCCACUGCAUGCAUCCUAACCAUCACAUGUGUCCUUUAAUGUUGAAAUGGGCAUUUCAUUUCUUAGAAAUCUAAAAGGUCUGAGUCAUCAGGUUUUUGUUGUGUUUAUUUUUAGACGUUAAUGUGAAGCGCUUAUGCUGCUCGUGAACGAAGGCAGGAUGUAAGCGUUCAAACUCACCAGCAGCUUCAGCUCACAGCGGCUGACUGACAUGCGGCUGUCAUUUGAGUGUUCGGCGCUGAAAUGAUCGACCGUUUCAUUCAGAAAGCACUUAACUAAGUUAUUCUUUUGUACGAAUUUGACAGGAAAUAAAUGUAAGCCUGUGUCAGUCUGAGGAUGCCUGACCAAGAUCCAACAUUUAACAAAAGAUUUAACCUUUUUUUUGUAACCUUUUAUGGUGUGGUGUUAUUCUGUUAGUCUCUCUCCAGUCUGUGUUGUUAUUUUCUGCACAUGCACAGCGUGCUGCAACCAUAGGUGCUGUCUGCCGUAAUCAUCGGGAGGUUUUCUCAAUGCAAUUGGCUACAAAAUAGCUUUUAGUGGUGUGUUUUUGCACAGAGGGGCUCUGCAUGACAAUGACUAGCGCUAUGUGAAAUCUUAGGACUGAGUACCCUUUAGGCGUUGCUGCUUUGGUGAAAAAAAGAGAAAAAGAUGGCUUCCUUUUAUAGGACUGAUUAAAGGUCCAGACAUAUUCUUUGAAUGUUAUCACUGUGAUGAGCUGAGAGUUGUCCUGGUGCAUCGCAGCAUGUUUGUUAGUGAACUAGAUGUGUAAAAGAGGUAUUUGUAUCUCAAAGAAUAAAAUGAUGCUACAAACUAAA